AAAAGCACAGCCACGUCCUGGCUGGCUUGACUCCAUUUCUCUAGCUUCCAAGAAAAACCAACAUCUCCGAUAUAUUCAGGUUCAUCAAUCUCGAUCCACAUAUCACGGUAGCUCGCCAUGGACGCUGUUGCGGUGGCUGGGUGUUUCCGGGACAAGACCAUUCUCGUCACCGGCUCAACUGGGUUCCUCGGAAAAUUGCUGGUGGAGAAGAUACUGAGGGUUCAGCCGGACGUGAAGAAGCUCUACCUAUUGGUGCGCGCACCGGAUGCAGCCUCCGCCGAGCAGCGUAUCCUGUCCCAGGUACUGGGGAAGGAUCUGUUCAACACCCUUCGAGAGAAGCAUGGGCUUGCUGGCUUCCAGAAGCUCAUCAAAGAGAAGAUAGUUCCUCUCGCUGGAGACGUGGGGACUCGUGACUUCGGCCUCGAUAGCUCCAGACUCGAGGACCUGUGUGAAGAGAUCGAUAUUAUCAUCCAUGGGGCAGCAACAACCAGCUUUUAUGAAAGGUACGAUGUCUCUUUGGCAACCAAUGCAUUAGGAGCUCAAUAUGGAUGCGAAUUUGCAAAGAAGUGUCCUAAUCUGAAAAUGUUGCUUCAUGUUUCCACUGCCUUUGUAGCUGGUACCCAAGAAGGACUUUUACUGGAGAAAGCACUCAAGAUGGGUCAAGCACUACGACCGGGUUACCACUUGGACAUUGAAGCUGAGUUGCAGUUGGUUGAGAAGGUCAAGACUGAACUCACAGCAGCAAAGAGUGGUGGUUCAGACCAAUCUGAGAAGACAAUCAUGAAAGAACUUGGCUUAAAAAGGGCUUGCCAUUUUGGAUGGCCAAACGUAUAUACGUUUACCAAGGCUAUGGGGGAGAUGUUACUUGAGCAGCAGAGGGGAAACCUUCCUGUCGUCAUUAUUCGUCCCACCAUGGUAACCAGCACUUACCAAGAUCCUUUUCCUGGGUGGAUAGAAGGGGCAAGGACAAUUGAUGCUCUCGUUGUUGCCUAUGAUGAGCAGGCGUUCCCCUGCUUCGUAGGUGAUCUCAAAGACACAAUGGAUGCGGUUCCUGCUGAUAUGGUGGUAAAUGCAACUCUGGUAGCUGGGGCUGUUCACUGGAAUGAGAAAGGGCAAGUCAUUUACCAUGUGAGCUCAGCACUCCGAAAUCCAUUGACCGGUCAGGUUUUUGAGGAUGCAUGUUGGGAUUACUUCUCCGUCCAUCCUCGUGUACUAGAGAAUGGGAAACCCCUCCAAAAUAGAAGGCCAUAUUUGUUCAAGAAAUUCGCUUACUUCCGUGCAUAUCUGGCCCUGAUGUAUAAGCUACCACUCGAGAUGCUGCAUGCAGUGAGCCUAUUAUUUUGUGGGUUAUUUUCACAAUAUUACCAGAAGCAAAACAGAAGAUACACAUUCUUAAUGCUUUUGGUCAAACUCUAUGCACCAUAUGCCUUCUUCAAAGGAUGCUUUGAUGACACGAACUUGACAAUCUUGAGGAAGGAAGUAAAGAUCAAUGGCAAUGAUGGUAGCCUAUUUAACUUUGAUGUCAAAUCUAUGGACUGGCACCAAUAUCUCUUGAACGUCCACGUCCCAGCUGUACUAAAGUAUGGUCGCAAAAAGAAGGGAAGCGUGUAGAGAAAGAGCGGAAUCUUCAUAUUCUUGAGAUGAAGGACAUGCAUCGUUCUCCAACAAAAAUGUAUAUCAUACUGCUAAAGAUUACCAUUUGUAUUAAGUGAAGCACACAUACAACUAUGUGAUAUAUAUUUACAGUAUUCAAUGAACAAAUAAAUACUCAAAUAUCCCAGUGUUUUUUGGA